UUUGCAUUGGUUUUCACAAGCGCCGUGAAAGUUGAGAGCUGGGUAGAUAGGGAGGUGAAUUCCUCGGGUGAUUGCUAGAUAGGCAGUGAGCGGAUCAUAUGUAAUCGGCCAGUCGAUCACAAGACACUUGCUCCGAUCGAACAGUUCGGUUUCGCUCUAUCAGCUGGGCUUUCCCACGAGCGUACUGGGUCGCAUGUUAGUUAAGAGCUAGCAACAGAGAAAUAAAUAACUUUAACACUACGCUGCCGCCUUGGUUGGUAGAACAUGGACGAGCAGAAGAUAGACAGACCUGGUGAAAGAUUCGUCAUGCUUAUAUCCAGAUAACGUGAAUCCUAGCCUGGGAACAUACACUGACGCUAAGCGAUUGUCAGCUGAAUUUCUAACACUGUUUUGGUGCAUGUGUAAAUGCGAAUGGUCGCUUAAUUGAAGCAGGUGUGUUUUAUUCCCAUGGGUAGGGGAGUGUUGUUCAGUGAAAGAGCGGCAGGCUAUGUCCGACCAGCCGGGUCGGCGGACACCCAACAAGAAAGUCGUUCUGCUUGAAACCCAGAGGUACUUACCCGACCUCAGCAGAGAGCAGUCUCCUCUAUCACGCAACAUGGUGUCAAGCGAGGACUCAGACAAGCGUCCAGGAAACAAGGAGAGGGCUCGACGCAAUUUGGUGGACACCCUAUCUGCAAAAAGACCAGUGAUGGUAUCACGGUCGCGAAGUGUGUCUUACUCGUGUACUGAGAGGAAGAUUCCAUCGGCGUUGAGACAGUCUGGUCCUGAUAUUUCCAUAAGGAAAAAGGAUUUGAUAGGACUACAGUACGACCCAAGGCAACGCCACAGCAGGACAUCGAGGACCGAUGAUGAUUGUGAAGACACGGAAGGGAGUUUGGAUUCACCCAACUUAGACAUAUUGCAUGGUGUUAAUUCUAGGAUUUCUAGUCAGGGAAAGAGUGCGGUUAACCUACCGGAACUUAUACACGACCUUAAUACAAGUUUAUUGUAUUCCCAUAAAAAGGACGGGAGUGCUUCUUUAUCGUCCUCGGAGGAUGUGAUCUACAGCGGGGAGGACAUUAUGCAGACGUUAUCACACAUGUGGGAUAAGUCCAAAAAAAGCAAGGAGAACAAGAGUAAGCAGUGGAUGAAACACAGACCCUUGACACCGGGUGUCAUCGAGAAGCUGGACAAGAUGAAGGUUUCUUCCAGGACGCGUACGGAACAAUGGGUGAAGCAGAUACCGACAGAGAAGCGAGCCUACCACAGCCCCCUGUACCGGCUCGGAAACGUCGCUAGGGAGGAUACCGUCCCCGCAACAGCAGCAUACGAGACCUGGAUUUACGAGGAAGGGCGGAAAUCUGCGGUAGGAUCGAGGCGGCUCAGGAAAACAUGACAUGAUUAAGUGAUCAGUGCUCCGUGAUAGUAUUGUAGGAAUUCGUAAAACCACAACACAGAAACGCAAUGUAUCAAAGCCAAUCCCCGGUGGCAUUCUAAUGAGACAGCUGACCCUAGGAUUAGGGGUCUAUUAGAGGGUAUUCUGGACUUGGCACCAUCGCAAAUCAGUUACUUUCGCUGAUGGACUUGCGUUUUAAGUGUAAGUAUGUAAAGUAACACACCUGAAUGCAGAACGUUCGAAUUUAAUUCUGAUUUAAAUUACAAUAUAGGCAUCUACAUAUUGGGAAAACAUUGACCGAUGACAGUAACUUACGAUUGAGUUCAACUGUUUUGUUUACGAUUCUUCAAAAUCACUGUGCAAAUCAUAAUUGAUCUUAACUGCAAUAACGACUUUGAACCAGAAUUUGUUGUACUCCUGCAAGUCCACCCCGAGCGUCAGGUGACGUCCGUGUUUCGUUACCACCCAUUGUGACUAGUCGUGUGGAAAGGGUUAGAUGAACAGAUAUACCAUUUCGGCUCUGUCAACGCGCGUCACUGCGAUGAUUGUUAUUGUAAUAGUUCACAAUAGAACCGCUCCGUACAGGGUUUAGCUGUGGGUAGUUAUGUAAUGUUAUACCUUUCAGUGACUUUCCAUAUGUUCUACAUGUUGUACAUGGUAUAUGUGUUCUACAUUUAUGAAAUAUUAUGUAACUGUAUGUGUAUGUGUAUGUUUAUACUUUCCCCAAAUGACCUAUUGAGACGUACACUGAGUUACAUGAGGAGUUAUUGAGAGAUUGUUGUCAAUAUAUCGUACCAUGGAAUCACUAUUUAGGCGUCACCAGUGUACUGUCUUGUUUAACGGACAGGACUACUCCAUAUUUUAAAAGAAGAACAAAAAUAACUAAAACGGUUUUUUUAAAAGUGAAACUAUGAUUAAAAUAUAUUUUUGUUUGUAUUUUGAAAACUUUUACUUAAAAAGGGACGUCGCUCCAUUGCCCGCUGCCAAUAUUCAGUCAAUGUUAAGAUGCUCUAUAAUAAUUCCAUGUGUGAUAUUGAUCUGAACGGCCGGGCAAGAGAAAGUUUACACCUGACAAUAGGAUAACACCUGUAUGAUGUCCAAUGCCCUGUAUGAUGUACUAUGACCUGUAUGAUGUCCAAUGACCUGUAUGAUGUACUUUGACCUGUAUGAUGUACUUUGACCUGUAUGAUGUACUAUGACCUGUAUGAUGUCCAAUGACCUGUAUGGUUUAAGCAUAUUUUUAUUCAUUGAAAUGAGUUGGGAUUGGUGAACAAGCUUUACAGCUUAUGUUAACACCGCUCACAAUGACCUGUAUGAUGUCCAAUGACCUGUAUGAUGUCCAAUGACCUGUAUGAUGUCCAAUGCCCUGUAUGAUGUACUAUGAUGUUGAGGUUUAGAUGAUGAUGUAGUAGACAUGUAAAUGUAAAAAAGACACUUAUAUCCGUGCAAUAUAGUGAACGACAAAGGACAUGGAGUGGGUUAGUUGAAACUUAACACCUCAUCGGUACCGAUCUAGCCAAAUGUCUAUAGCAUGAGAACAAGUUGUGGAACUAAUAAACAUGUCAUCAAUACAUCAAUGUUAUAGGAGAAAACAAUUAACGUUUUAGCAUGUUUUAGUCACCGCCGAGUUACCAAUCUAAUAAUGAACCAGUGUUGAUACAGAACAGUUGAUAAUUCUUUCAAAAUUCUAUUCUGUCGAGAUUGGCAAUAUAGUGGAACCAGUCAGUCCAAAUGGUAUCUUUCCCGACGAUUACUGAAAGUCACGGAAAACAUAUUUUUCCCUCAGAUUUUACCAAUAGUUCACACCAUGUAAGACAUAAUGUAAGCAUUCUUCAUAUUUCGUAGCAUAUAAAACUGGCAAAUAAAUGAUAUGUCGUGGAGGGAAGUUUUAGAAACGUUUGAAAAUAGAUUCUUAAAGGAUUUCAAAGAUUUUCCAGGAUGUUCUGUCAUUAGAUGCAUGCAUUUCUAACGCUUCCAUUGUCGUAAUCAACACUGCAGCUUGUAUCGACAGCUUUCUGAACCACAUGCUAAUCUCAGGUAUAUUACAAUCUGUAGACAUAUGUACGUUUGUCUCAGGUAACCGUGUUUUGUAAUACAUGAUCAUUAAUAAAAUUGAUUGUUACUGAA